AUGCUCCCUCCUGUAAUCUUGCUGUUAGUUGUUACCCUUGUCACUGGAACAGACUUUUCUGCAACGAAGAAGAAACGACAUGUCAACCAUGAAGAAGACCUUCAAAAUCAUGGGCAAGGAUCUGAUAUGGCAAUGAUUUCUUCUGCAAACACUGAUUUUGCUUUUCAGCUCUACAAAGAAAUUGCUAACCAGACUACUUCCAAUAUUUUCUUCUCCCCUAUGAGUAUUUCCACCGCUUUAGCCUUAUUGUCUCUGGGUACCAGAUCUGUGACACGUGAGCAGCUUUUCAAGGGACUUCACCUCGAUAGUAUGACAGAGGAAAGAAUAGCUGAAAUGCACAGGGACUACAAGCAACUCUUACAUACCCUGAUGGCAGAACAAAAUGAGCUUCAGCUAUUAAUGGGAAACUCUCUUCACAUUCAAAAAGGCUAUGAUGUGUUGCCAAGCUUUCUAAAUGAGUCCAAGAAGUUUUACAAUGCUGAGGUGUUUUCUCUAGAUUUUAAUCUGGAUCCUGAAAAUGCCAGGUUGCAACUGAAUGAUUAUGUGAAAAAGAUGACAAAAGGGAAAAUUAAAAACAUGUUUGACACAAUUGACCGUUCAACCAAACUAAUGCUAAUUAAUUACAUCUUUUUUAAAGGAAAAUGGGAGAAGCCAUUUGAUCCGGCGCAGACUCGAGAAGCAUUAUUUAAAGUGAACAAAACUACAGAUGUAACUGUGCAAAUGAUGCGCCAAACCAAUCGGUUCAGCAUGAUAUCUGACUACAAUCUUUUCAGUAGCGUGAUAAAACUUCCUUACCUUGGAAAUGCAUCCAUGAUCGCCAUCUUGCCUGCAGAUGGGAAACUAGAAUAUGUGGAGCAAAAUCUUUCCCAUGAAAAGUUUGAUGAAUGGGUCCAACAACUUGCUCACCACAAGCAACAAUGUGUCCUCCGAUUUCCAAAAGUAUCGCUGUCAUUGUCAUAUGGGUUGAAAAAUAUCCUAGCGAAAAUGGGUGUGAGAGAUUUGUUUACAUUUGCAGCCAACCUGUCUGGGAUAAGCGAAAGUGAAAAUCUAAAAGUUUCUCAGGUUUCUCAUAAGGCAGUGCUGGAUAUUGAUGAGAAAUCCACUGAGGCAGCUGGAGCUACUGGAGUAGGAAUUAUUCCAAUGUCAUUGCCACCCACACUGGCAUUUAAUCGACCAUUCAUUUUGAUUAUCUAUGAGGAAAACACAAACAACAUACUGUUUGUUGGAAGACUAAAAGAUCCAUCGAAGUAA